GCGAUAUUGCACACGGUGACUAGUACAGGAAAUCCCGCGACCUCGUACCCCACUUCCGCCACUGUUCAUACAUUGUUUGAAACGUGUUUUAAACUAUUUGAUCUGACGAAAUAAACAUGAGCAAAGCACACCCGCCCGAGUUGAAAAAGUUUAUGGACAAGAAGCUUUCACUGAAGCUCAACGGUGGCCGUCAUGUUCAGGGCAUCUUGCGUGGAUUUGAUCCCUUCAUGAAUCUGGUGGUCGAUGACUCUAUAGAAAUGGCUCCUGGAGGACAAAUGAACUCCAUUGGGAUGGUGGUGAUCAGAGGAAACAGUAUAAUCAUGUUGGAGGCUCUUGAACGAGUAUGAGGAUGAUGCCCACUUUCUUUUCCUGCUUUUUCUUUUUUUGUAUCCAGGAAAAAAUGGAUUUCUCAUGUCUGUUCGCAACAAAGACUUAAUAUUAAAGCAGAAAUCCUUGAGUGUGUUGAAAAAUAUUGUUUUUUUUAAACACCUUCCUUGUUUUUUGUACAUUCCUAUGUCUGUAGAAAUCUGUGUACACAAUUCAUACAUUUUUGUGAAUAAAUGGACUACGUGUGAUUAAUCCAAA